GUGCUGUACAUUGUUCUCCGGGAGGGGAGCUAACACCCCGAAAUUGUGAUUGCACGGCAUCUUUGGAGCCAUUCAAUUUGUGAGAUGAUAGAAGACACGAGCAUUCCUACCCUCUUUCGUUCGGUGUCAUGGAGCAGAGGGAUAUUUCCGGGGUGCAUGCACAUGAGUAUGCCCCAGGAGCCCCCCAUCUUCUUGUAUGUCGCAACCCACUCUUUGGCGAAGUGAUAUCCUGUGCUAUGCUAAUUUUACAUACCAUGGGAAUGGAAGGGGGUUUGGACCAGUGUCCAGGGAUCCAUCACCAGCCCUGCUUCCAAUAUCUUCUACAAAAUCGAGUUACGUGGAAGACACUGAUUAUGAUUACGCACAGCAUAGAUUAUAUUCGGAUGAUUGUCUGUAUGAAUCGACCAUGCAACGCGGUGGUUGUAUUUGACUGGGAGAGCUGCGCUCAGAAGAAUGGGGCAGUAAAGCUUUGGCAAAUGUGUAUGAAAAGUGGUGCGUCUGCGCUACAUUGCGCCGCUUCGAGCAUGCGGGGUCUUUUGCAGUACCAUACCUGGUCUACUGAAAUGCGCCACAUGUUCUCAAGAUCAUAUGUCAGCAAAUUGCUUCCCGCCUACUACGGGGUGCGUAUCCUUCCAAGUCUUGCAGAAGUUGUUGUCGGUGGUAGAGGGGUAUUGGAUUUGCAUUCUAGAUUUACCAUGUCUCGCACGCUAGCUUGUCCAAUUCAUCGACCAGAGUCGUCUUUGUAUCUGAAUCCUUGAACGCGGCUCGCUUCAGCACUGCUACUCCACCCAGUUUGGAGUCGGUCGACGGGUACCGGAUCAAGGUCCGAACACGAUGGUCCUUCGAUCGAUUAACAAGAAAGUCGGGUCCGACUAGUGACUCAUGCGCGC